UCUGCAGAUUUACCUCACUUAUUGGUAUGCUUGCUUCACCAACCGAGUCAACGUAACAUCAUGUACUGUGGUGGAACGAGUGUACGGAGGUACCUCAUGAACUGGUGCUGUGGUGGAUUUGCCGUGUUGCUCCAUGCUGCGUCAAUAUCCCCACCCCAUCCCAAAACAUCAUCAAACAGUGCAACUCAAGCACAUUCGAGUGUGCCAAACGCUCCUUCGGCUCCGCAGAAGAACUACCUUAACCUGCAGGAGAGCCGAAAGGGGUAUUCCACUUCCCCCACACUCGGACCUACCACAAUACAGCGCAUCGACGCCCGGGCGUCGAGAGUAUGAUGAAGGGCGCGAUGAGGAGAGCCAACACGGGGUGUCGGAUGCCAGGUGCCGAGGCUGCAUUCCAGACCUGUCGGGCCCCGGGUUGGCGAGCCGGAUAAUGUUGUGGCUUCAAGGCCUCCAGAGAGUGAAUCCAGCCAAGAAAACUGUGGGUAAGGGUAAGAAAUUGUACGUUACUCAUCGUAUAAUGUAUAAGCGCGUAAUGAGAGAGAUGCCGUUGGGCCCGAUGAAAGAUCGGGACCGAACUCCUCGCUGCUCGGGUUCCAGCCAGCUGCCCGAUGGGGCUAAAGCGGGAGUAAUCUCGUUG